AUGGCGAGUACUAAAGUGGAUCAUGAUUCUGAGUUUGAAGAAUUUGACGAAUGCAUUAGAAAAGCGCAAGAUUUGCUGACAUCUAAACAUGAGCAAAUGAAAGCAGAAAGAGAUCAGUUGGAGCGAGAUUUCCCCAAAUUGCAGAAAUUUCAAGAAAAACCAAUCAAACUGGAUAUCGGAGGUUUCAUAUUCAAAACAUCACUGGGGACAUUGAGAAAAGAUACGGAUUCCAUGCUAGCCAGCAUGUUCAGUGGAAGAUCGAGAUCCAACUCAUUUUCGCUUUAUUCUCAACUUUCUCAGAACAGGAAAGGUUAUCGUCCUCGUCAUACAAUCGCUAGAGAAGAGCUGCUGUUGGAGGCGGAGUUUUAUAACAUCAAACCAAUUAUAGGCAAACUCAGUGAUCCAAUAGAUUCACAGUCAGCAGUACAGCCAGUGGCAAGUGAGUUUACUAACAGCACUCUGAUGAACACAGAAGAUAAACGUGUCCUUCUGUCUUGGUUGAGUGGGAAAACGAAUUGGCGUCUCAUCUACAAGGCAAGCAGGGAUGGGUUUGGAACUGCUGAUUUUCAUCGUUGCUGUGACAACAAAGGAGAGACGAUUAGUGUGAUACACACUACUGGAGGAUAUUUGUUUGGAGGAUAUACUGAUGUGCCAUGGAGUAUAGGAGGUGGAUAUAAGCAGAGCUCACAGUCUUUUCUGUUUGCUUUCAGAUCUUCAGCUUUGGGAAACACUCCAGUAAAGACUGCAAUAGUCGACAGUGGCUAUGCAGUUUAUCAUAGUUCUAGCUACUGUUGUACAUUUGGAGGAGGUCACAAUAUUUACAUUACUGGUUCUAGUAAUACCAACUUCAAAAGCUACAGUAAAUGGAACGAUGGUCAGUUUUACAGUUACCCACCAGGUGUCACUUCUAACAACUAUUGGCUUGUUGGACAACAUAACUUUCAGACACAAGAGGUUGAAGUGUUUGGACAUUAA